GGUCCCUCCUUUCUUCUUGCGGAUCAACAUGGCGGCGAUGGAGGGUCCGUUAAACGUGCUUGGGCAGAGAAGCACCGGCGAGUCCGUGCGGACUCAGAAUGUGAUGGCCGCGUCGUCCAUCGCCAACAUCGUGAAGAGCUCGCUCGGCCCAGUGGGGCUCGACAAGAUGCUGGUGGACGACAUUGGGGACGUGACCAUCACGAACGACGGUGCCACCAUCCUGAAGCUGCUGGAGGUGGAACAUCCCGCCGCCAAAGUGCUUUGUGAACUCGCAGACCUGCAGGAUAAGGAGGUCGGAGACGGGACAACAUCUGUGGUGAUCAUCGCUGCAGAAUUGCUAAAGAGUGCAGAUGAACUGGUGAAGCAGAAGAUCCACCCGACCUCCGUCAUCAGCGGAUACAGACUCGCCUGCAAGGAGGCGGUGCGCUACAUUAAUGAGAAUCUGACCAUCGGAGCCGAUGAUUUGGGCCGCGAGUGUUUGGUCAACGCAGCGAAGACCUCCAUGUCCUCCAAGAUCAUCGGGGUUGAUGCGGAUUUUUUCGCCAACAUGGUGGUGGACGCAGCCACGGCGGUGAAGUUUGUGGACGGUAAAGGCGUGGCACGGUACCCCAUCAACUCCGUGAACGUGCUAAAGGCUCACGGCCGCAGCCAGAAGGAGAGCAUCCUGGUCAACGGUUACGCCCUCAACUGCACCGUCGGCUCGCAGGGGAUGGUGAAGAGAGUACAGAAUGCCAAGAUCGCGUGUUUGGACUUCAGCCUGCAGAAAACCAAGAUGAAGCUGGGAGUCCAAGUCAUCAUCAAUGACCCGAAGCAACUUGACCAGAUUAGACAGAGAGAGUCGGACAUCACUAAGGAGCGUAUCCAGAAGAUCCUGGCUCCGGGGACGACGGUUGUCCUGACGACUGGUGGGAUUGAUGACAUGUGUCUAAAGUACUUUGUGGACGCCGGAGCCAUGGCAGUUCGCCGUGUGCUGAAGAGAGACCUCAAACGGAUCGCCAAGGCAACCGGAGCCACCAUCUGCUCGUCCCUGACCAACCUGGAGGGGGAGGAGUCGUUCGAGGCGGCCAUGUUGGGUCAGGCGGAGGAAGUGGUGCAGGAGCGGGUGUGUGACGACGAGCUCAUCCUCAUCAAGAAUACGAAGGCUCGCACGUCAGCCUCUAUAAUCCUGCGUGGAGCGAACGACUUCAUGUGUGACGAGAUGGAGCGCUCGCUGCACGAUGCGCUGUGUGUGGUGAAGAGAGUGUUGGAGUCCAAAUCUGUGGUUCCAGGAGGGGGCGCUGUCGAGGCAGCUCUGUCUAUCUACCUUGAGAACUACGCCACUAGCAUGGGUUCACGGGAGCAGCUGGCGAUUGCAGAGUUUGCCCGUUCCUUGCUCGUCAUUCCUAAGACGUUGGCGGUGAACGCCGCGCAGGACUCCACCGACCUGGUGGCCAAACUCAGAGCGUUUCACAACGAAGCCCAGGUCAACCCCGAACGCAAGAAUCUCAAGUGGAUCGGUUUGGACCUGGUGAACGGGAAGCCCAGGGAUAACAAGCAGGCGGGCGUGUACGAGCCCACUAUGGUCAAAACCAAGAGUCUGAAAUUCGCCACCGAGGCAGCCAUCACCAUCCUACGCAUUGAUGACCUCAUCAAGCUCUUCCCUGAGCCUAAAGAGGGCGGGCCUUCGUACCAGGACGCUGUUCAGUCAGGCUCUCUAGAGGGGUAAAGCCCCCCCCCGCCCACUCCGUAUAUUUAUUAGCAUCCCAUAAUGUUAGCGCGGUUGUAGCCUAGCCUUGCACUUAGCCUGUGUCUGUUUUUGCUACCACAGUAACACCAUUUGCUGAUUAAUGACCUGUAAUGACCUGUAAUUCAUCUGUUUAAGGAAAUAAAGGAGUGAUUAUGUACCA